GUUUCGGAAGCACAAUGACGUUAUGUUUCAUAUCAGCGAGAAAUUUAAACGUUUAAAUUGAAACAAAGUUAUAGGGUUAGUGUUCCCACACGGCCAUAUCACAGCGCUUGUUUAUGGAAAACAAGACUGAAACAUACACCUGUGCUAUCUAACGUGCUCUGAACACCUGUGUGGAAGUGUAGUUUCGGCAGAUGGAGGCACACAGCUGUAUGGAGGAUUUUUGAAGGAUUCUUUCACGCUGUUGAAAGAUAAGGGCCAUAUCGCAAAUUAUGAUUAUUGACGUUAAAACAAAGUUCACAUGAGCCAACAGCUGAAAACUAGGGAAAUGGCAGAGUUAGACCUAGUUUCAAGAACUACAACAACAAACAAAAAAAAAAACAGGAGGAAAGAGUCCCAGUAUUUGUUACGAGAAACACUGACAUCUCCUGGUAGAUAAUGGCAACGUAUCAAUAUUAAUGAAAUCGGUCUGCGCAGUUUAACAUGAAUUGAAGAUGUAUUACCAAAUGCUAACGUUACCAUUUUGACACUACAUUUAAGAUACCGCUUACAUUUUUUUUUUUUUUACUUUACAGAGAUGAAACGUAUAUAGGCAAUUUUUCAUUUGAGUGAGGCACAUGGGGAGAUAGACAAAGGCAUUUUUUUUUACAAAGGCUAAUUUGUAAACACUAUUUUUGUGGUGCUGUUGUCGCGUCUCCAAGCCUUUUGAUCUAACCGCCGUACUAAAAGCAUGUUCGAUCCUCCCAUCUGUCAGAUUUCUGGCAAAUCAUAGAGCAGCCCCCAUGCAAGUGAGUUUUCGCUGAACAAGAAACUAGUUUUUUUUGUCCGCCAUGGCAAAGCAGUAUGACGUUUUGCUCAGGUUGCUACUUUUAGGAGAUUCCGGGGUUGGAAAGACCUGUUUGUUGUGCAGGUUCACGGAUAAUGAAUUCCAUUCGUCGCAUAUCUCUACACUUGGAGUGGAUUUCAAAAUGAAAACAUUAAAAAUAGAUGGCAUUAAAGUGCGCGUACAGAUCUGGGAUACUGCUGGCCAGGAACGGUACCAGACCAUCACCAAGCAGUACUACAGACGGGCACAGGGUUUUAUCCUGGUGUAUGACAUCACUAGUUCCCGUUCCUUUCAGCACAUUGUGAAGUGGGCUAGCGAUGUGGAUGAGUUUGCACUUGACCAGGUGCAGAGGAUCCUGGUGGGGAACAAGGCUGAUGAGGAGCAGAAGAGGAAAGUGCCUAAAGAACAAGGGAACAAGCUAGCAAAAACCUAUGGAAUGGAGUUCUUUGAGACAAGUGCCUGCACCAACUGCAACAUAAAUGAGUCGUUCACCCGGUUGACAGAGCUGGUCCUGCAUGCUCACAAGAAAGAGAUGGAUGCCUUCCAGGGUUCAAUUAAUAAAUACCUAGACAUGACUUCUCUGGAGGGAGAGCAGGACAAAGAGGACAACUCCCAGAAGGCCUGCGCAUGUUAGCAUGAGGCAAAACUCUCAACCUGGGAGUGUUUGGCUAAAAUAUUUAGUUGUUUUUGCAAUAUCUCUGGCCCUGUGACAUGGCAAUGAAAUUAUGAUUAACUUAUUAAAUCUGUGAGGACAGUUGAGUCGGAAGUUUACAUACACCUUAGCCAAAUACAUUUAAAUUCAGUUUUUCACAAUUCCUGACAUUUAAUCCCAAGUAAAAAUUCCCUGUCUUAGGUCAGUUAGGACCACCACUUUAUUUUAAGA